AUGAUGGAGUCCAGUGCUAGUAAUCAAAAUAUGGAAGAAGAUAUUGUUGAACUACUUACUAGAAUUGAUCACCGAUUAAGUGUUAUUGAAGGGAGGACGGAUAAAAUAGAAAGCAUUGAUAGAAAACUUAGCGAGCUUACGAGUAAAGUAACAAGCAUUGAACAAGAAGUUGAUGAUUUAAAAAAGCGAACAAAUACAUUGGAGAAAGAUGCAGGGGAAUUUAAAAGAAAACUAACUGAAGCUAAGAGAGAUACUAAUGAAAUGAAAGAUACCUGCAACGCGGCUAUCAAAGUAAAUGUGUCAGAUCUGCGGGAGAAAAUUUUAGACCUGCAAUGCAGGUCAAUGCAAAAUAACCUUGUUUUUAGCGGAAUUGAGGAGAAACCCGAGGAAGAUACCAAAAUCGUAAUUCAGAACUUCAUUUCGAAAGAACUUUCAAUUAAUAAAGAUAUACAGUUUGGAAAUAUCCAUAGGUUUGGUAGGGCAGACAAAAAUAAGGGCAAACCAAGGCUUAUUGUAGUGAAAUUCGUAUAUUUUGCUGACCUACGAAAAGUUUUAGAAGCAGGGCCAAAGUUAAAAGAAAAACCUCAGUUUGGGAUGAACUUACAAUUUCCUAUUGAGUUAGAAGAACGGAGACGAAAAUUAUAUCCUGUCAUGAAAGACGCGAAAAGAAAUGGGAAAAGAGUUAGUCUGAUACGGGACAAAUUAAUUAUCGACGGUAAAGUUUAUAAUUCUAAAAACAAUAUAGAGGAAAGCCAGACCUUCUCAAAGGAAAAUAAUGAUACUGUAAGUAUGCCGAACAAGAGAUUUAGAACUAGCUCAUCGUCAUAG